AUGACUUUCUUCUAUUUAUCACCUGCUAAGGGUAACCUACAAAUCCAUGUUUUAGAAACAAUUGUAAUCAAGAGAUUAGAACACUUAAAUGCAAUCCUGAGCAAUAAUGCAAUUCAAUAUAAUGAAUAUGUUAUGGAAGGGAGCGUCUAUGACAAUGUUGGCCAUUUUAUGUUAUGUUUAGCAGCUAUUAUUGAGCAGAGUAUAGACUUCUACAAGUUUGUUUUAAAAACUGAAGAAGCUCUAUUCCAACAUAGACUAAAAUCGUUAUCUGGUUAUGACUUAAGACGCUUUGCUAAGAAGCUAUUAAGAAUUAUAAGAAAAACUGACUUGAAUACAAGUAUUUCAGAACCUUUACAGGUUUUAUGCCAAUAUCUGUCAUUAAAAAACUAUGCUCACCAUAUUUACUCGGAAUGUGACAAUCAGUGUUCUUCAUAUUUUCUAAAGUUCAAAUUUUUUCAUUGUUUACAAUUCUUAUCUAAACGGCAGGUAGAAGUACAAAAUGGCAUAGCGCUGGUACCCUGCAAGAAAUGGAAAGAGUAUUUGAUUAUUUUGUUUAAGAAUAAUCUCAAAUAUAGGCUUUAUAAUACACAGUUAGACAAUAUAAAUUCUGAUCCUAGAAUAAGUGGUAUCAUAAGAAGCAUAAGGAAAACAUUAUCACUAUGGGAAGUACCAGUACCAAAUGUAUUGACUAGUCAGAAUGUGGAUGAAAAAUCUAAACUAUUUCCACCCUGCAUGGUAAAUUUGCAUAAACAGCUACGAACAAGGCACAGACUUUCUCAUGAGCAGAGAUUUAAUUAUAGCCUCUUUCUCAAAGACAGUGGAAUGCCAUUGAAUGAGUCAAUAUUGUUUUGGAAGGCAGAAUAUUCUUCAUCACCAAAUGGUCAUAGUUGUAGUCACAAUUGGGCGAAAGAUGAAAAGAAAUUCUUGUAUGGCAUACGACAUAUGUAUGGAUUAGAAGGUGGUCGAAAAAAUUAUUCAUGUAGAAGCUGCCAUCAGAUUCAAGGUAUAGAAAAUGCAUCAUCCGAAGGAGGAUGUCCUUUCAAAUCUUUUCAUGAGGCUCAAUUAAAGGAAUUAUUACAUAGUAGUCAAACUGGACCACCCUUGUCUGAAAUAAAUGACCUUAUAGAAAAAAAACAGUACACAAAAGCAUGCCUAACUUUCUUGCAAAUUGGUCACAAAGAUGUUAUAGACUGUAAUAAAGUUAAUUUAAAUUUUACACCUGUUAAGUUUUAUACGUUAAAAAAUAAAUAA